AUGUUGCGAUCGGGAGCUUCGAUUUUCCGAAGCACAACCACCUCAACUCGCAGGUGGACGCCGACAUGUUCGGAGUGCGCAAGGACAGUGGCGGCAGCAAGGUCGCCGUUACUGCCGCAAUCAAUAUCUGCAUACCACUCAUCAAGGAGGAGAUCUUCAGCAUGGGCCGCCGCCGUCUCGGUGGCCGGCAACGUCGUCACCAACGCCAUCAGCAGAGCCACAAAAACCGACCUGGGGAUCGAUCCUUUACGCAUCGUUGCCAAGGAAAUGAAGUUUCUGACCGGCAACAUACGAAAGCUUCUUGGAUCCGGACACCCAUCACUUGACCGAGUCGCGAAAUACUAUACCCAGGCUGAGGGCAAGCACGUCCGCCCCCUAAUCGUGCUCCUCAUGUCAAGAGCUACAUCUCUCUGCCCGAAAGCACCCAGGCAACAAUACAUCCAGUCUGCCGCCGGCAUCGACACCUCAAUAUCACCAAUUGGAGUGCUCGGCGACGCGAACCCAUCUUCCUCCAUUCAAGCGCUUGACAACCAAUCCGACAUGUCCUCCCACUCAGACCCCGACAUCCUACCGUCGCAAAGACGGCUAGCAGAGAUCACGGAGCUGAUACAUACCGCCUCACUGCUGCACGACGAUGUCAUUGAUCACUCCGAGUCCAGACGUGGGUCACCAUCUGCCAAUCUCGAGUUUGGUAACAAAAUGGCAGUCCUGGGAGGAGAUUUCCUGCUCGGGAGGGCAUCGGUUGCGCUGGCACGGCUGCGCGAUGCCGAAGUGACAGAGCUCCUGGCCACCGUCAUUGCAAACCUCGUCGAGGGAGAGUUCAUGCAACUGAAGAACACGUCGCGGGAUGAGUCGAGGCCGGUCUGGAGCGAGGAUGCACUGACGUACUACCUGCAAAAGACGUACCUCAAGACGGCCUCACUCAUUAGCAAGAGCUGUCGUGCGUCGGCUUUGCUGGGUGGCGCAGAUGCGCAAACUGUCGACGCCGCAUACGCGUUUGGUAAAAACCUCGGCUUGGCUUUCCAGCUGGUGGAUGACAUGCUGGAUUACACGGUGUCUGCGGUCGAUUUGGGCAAGCCGGCCGGCGCAGAUUUGGAACUUGGUCUGGCGACUGCUCCAUUGUUGUUUGCUUGGAAGGAUCACCCGGAGCUCGGUGAGCUGGUUGGGCGCAAAUUUUCUCAGGAGGGUGAUGUGACAAGGGCACGCGAGAUUGUCCUAGCAAGUGAUGGCAUCGAGCAAACCCGUGCUCUUGCCCAGACAUAUUCCGAGCAGGCCAUCGAGGCCAUCAGCCAUUUUCCUGAUUCCGAAGCCAAGGACGGCCUGAUUGAAAUGGCCGCCAAAACUUUGAAGCGCAAGAAGUAA